AUGUGCAGAUGUCGCACAUGCUCAUCAGGAUGGGUCCAGGCUGUGGAGGCGCAUUUGGUCCCUCUUCUUGCCAGUUCCCUAGCAAUUGAGGGCGGAUCUGAUAAGCUGCAGGGCCAUAAUAUUGAUAGGAUCUGCACGACUUGCACACCUUUGAUGUGCUGGGUUUGCAUGGCGGGACUUGCCUGUGACAGCAGCCAGUCGAGUGUCCCAACGCAAACCAUUUCAAGAGUCUCCCCAGAUGCUGCCAGCGCGGCACGCAUUCUCUGCACUUUACAAGGCGGCCUGGACAUUGCUGCCCUGCACACAAACCUGCAGGUGCAAUGCUGCAUGCGGGGAGUCCCGGAUUCAGGCCAUGAAGGCUAUGCUGGGUAUCAAAUCCAACUGGGAAAUGGACUGGUGCCCAGGAAGCCGUGUAGUACCUCGAUUGCCGACUACUGGGUGGCCAUUAUUGCCUGA